GAUCGAUGUGUGAUCCUGCCUCAAACUCUUGCCAUGGCUGCAGCGGUGUGGACUGAUCGAGGACGGAGGGCUGUGACUGUUGUGGGGACAGUGACAAGAUCCAGAUCCAGUCACGCCGCUUUAAAAUCCCAGUAUGACGCGCUGGUCAUCGGAGGAGGACACAAUGGACUGGUGGCAGCUGCCUAUCUUCAGAAGGGAGGACUGAAAACAGCAGUGUUGGAGCGCAGACAUGUGCUGGGAGGAGCAGCUGUCUCGGAGGAGAUCUUCCCUGGUUUCCGCUUCUCCAGGUGCUCCUAUUUGCUCAGUUUGUUACGACCUCACAUAUACGCAGACCUGGAGCUCAAGAAACAUGGGCUGAAGGUGUAUAUGAGAGACCCCCAUGCUUUCACCCCAAUGUUGGAGGAGGGGGUGAAAGGUGCUCCACCCAGGUCUCUCACCCUGGGCUCAGAUCUGGCUAUGAACCAGAGGGAGAUCGGCAAGUUCUCACAGAAGGAUGCGAAGGCAUUUCCAGAUUUUGUUGCACACCUUGAGAAGCUAGCAGGAGCUAUCCACCCUCUCUUGGAUGCUCCUCCUGUUGACAUUCCAGGCGUCACUGCUGGAUCACUCAGGAAGAGGCUGGGUGCAGCCAAAACACUGAUGCCUAUUGUCAAAUGUGGUCUGAAACUGGGCAGAAACAUUCCAGACUUCUAUGAGAUUAUAACUGCGCCAAUAAUGAAGAUUCUCAAUCGGUGGUUUGAGUCGGAGCCACUGAGAGCAACACUGGCUACUGAUGCUGUGAUAGGAGCCAUGACCAGCCCAAGUAAUCCUGGUAGUGGGUAUGUGCUCUUGCACCAUGUGAUGGGAGAGUUGGAGAAGGAGAAAGGAGCGUGGGGGUAUGUGGAGGGAGGUAUGGGAGGCGUGUCUCAGGCUAUUGCUAGCGCUGCUCAGUCCUACGGUGUAGACAUUUUCACUGAGAAGGAUGUACUACAGGUCCUGGUUGGUUCAAAUGGUGCUGCCAAUGGAGUGGUGCUAAAGGAUGGCACAGAGAUCCACAGUAAAGUUGUUUUAUCAAAUGCUACCCCAUAUGUCACCUUCAAAAACCUCACGCCACAGGCUGCGCUCUCUCCAGAGUUCAUCAAAGCCGUAGACCAGAUAGACUACACAUCACCUGUCACCAAGAUCAAUGUGGCAGUGGACAAGCUACCAAACUUCCUAGCAUCUCCCACACCAGAUGAUAAACCUGGACCCCACCAUCAGUGCUCCAUUCAUCUCAACUGCGAAAAUGUAGAGGUACUGGAGACCGCAUACAAAGAGGCCAUGAAUGGACGUCCCUCAGUAAGACCCAUGCUGGAGAUGACCAUCCCCUCUGUGUUGGAUCCUACUCUGGCUCCCCCUGGCUGCCACGUUGUGUCACUAUUCACCCAAUUCACCCCCUACCACAUAGAAGGCAGGGCGUGGACUGACCAGGACAGAGAGGCCUUCGCAGACACUGCAUUUGAAUGGGUGGAGCAAUAUGCCCCUGGGUUUAAGAAGUCGGUUGUGGGAAGGGACAUCCUGGCUCCGCCUGACCUGGAGAGGAUCUUUGGGCUCACUGGAGGGAAUAUCUUUCACGGAUCAAUGUCGCUGGACCAGCUCUACCUAGCACGACCUUUGCCCUUCCUGUCAGACUACCGUUCGCCAGUUAAAGGGCUAUAUCUGUGCGGCAGUGGCUGUCAUCCAGGUGGUGGUGUGAUGGGUUCACCUGGCUGGAACGCAGCGUUCACUGUCAUGGCUGACCUGAAACGCCACUGAAACAUCAGACAGCAUCAGUGUGUGGUCAGCUCAACAAGGUUCAGCCUCUCUUUUGUUUGAUUCGUAUGAAUGUGACUAGUUUGAGCAAUACAUUUCUACACUCACUUCAUCUACCUAUUUGAUGAGUCGUCUCUCCACCAUAUUAUGUCGUGCAUUGUGUUUGUAAGUGUAAAAGGGGAUUAAUGUUUGAUUUAAUGAUACACCUGACAUGGGAUGAAAGAGAGAGGUUCAAUAAAACAGGAUUUCAAGCUCAGUGUAUUGGAUGCUGGAUAUCACUCCUGAUAUUAAACAUUAGUGCAAUAUUGCCACACAAUCCUGGUGUGAUGACACUCGUGAAAUCAUCUAUAAUUGAGCCAACAGAAAAUCAUGGAAACGGAACCAACACAACAUUAAUGUUGAAGUCAAAUGCAAUUUUAGAAUUACUGAUAUUUGACUUUAUGAAAUGAAUUAAAACUGAGGUGUAAUCAUGGAAAUGACAAUGGAACUUUUUACAACUUUGUAUGAAUAAAUUCAAAUGAA